GCCGGUGCAGGGCAUGUUCGAGAACUUCAACUCUGACGGCCUGUUCUUCCCUGUGGCCAGCUUCUCUGCAGGAGUCAAGGUGCGCUUUCUCCUUGGGGGUCGUCAUGGAGAGUUUAAGUUCCUCCCCCCUCCAGGUUACGCCCCCUGCUACGAAGCGGUGUUACCCAGAGAGAAGCUGAAGCUGGAACCAAGCCAAGACCAGACUGGAUCCAGAGACCUUCUGGGACCCACCAUUACAAUGAGCCAGGCAGCCUUUACCCCAACACCUGUGGACACCAGCCAGAUAGUGCUUCCUCCUCACCUGGAGAGGAUCAGGGAGAAACUUGCAGAGAACAUUCAUGAGCUCUGGGUGAUGAAUAAGAUCGAGCUGGGCUGGACCUACGGAGCCGUGAGAGAUGAUAAUAAGAGGCAGCACCCCUGUCUGGUGGAGUUCUCCAGACUUCCUGAACAGGAGCGGAGCUACAACCUGCAGAUGUCUCUGGAGACGCUGAAGACCCUUCUGGCUCUGGGCUGCCAUGUUGGUCUGGCAGAUGAACACGCUGUGGAGAAAGUGAAGAGUCUGAAACUGUCUCAGACCUAUGAGCUAUCCAGCGGUUAUAAACCGGCUCCUCUGGACCUGAGUCACAUCAAACUGACCUCCAGCCAGGAAGCCAUGGUGGACAAACUGGCUGAGAACGCACACAACGUCUGGGCCAGAGACCGCAUCCGCCAGGGCUGGACCUACGGCAUCCAACAGGAUGUGAAGAACCGCAGAAACCCUCGUCUGGUCCCCUAUGUUCUGCUGGACGAGAGGACCAAGAAGUCCAACAAAGACAGUCUGAGGGAGGCUGUCAGGACUCUGCUGGGGUACGGGUACAACCUGGAAGCUCCAGACCAGGACCACGCAGCCCAGUCGGACCCCAGCAACGUGUCUGCAGAGAGGUUUCGUAUCUUCAGAGCAGAGAAGACCUACAGCGUGAACACCGGGAAGUGGUACUUUGAGCUGGAGGUCUUAACAGCAGGAGAGAUGAGGGUGGGCUGGGCCAGACCUGGUUGCCUCCCAGACCAGGAGCUGGGAUCUGAUGACCAGGCCUUUGUGUUUGACGGUUUCAAGGUCCAGCGCUGGCACCAGGGGAAUGAGCACUUUGGACGGGCCUGGCAGACGGGCGACGUGGUGGGCUGCAUGGUGGAUCUGAACGAACACACCAUGAUGUUCACGCUGAAUGGAGAAGUGCUGCUGGAUGACUCUGGGUCUGAGCUGGCCUUUAAAGACUUUGAAGCUGGUGAAGGUUUCAUCCCGGUCUGCAGUCUGGGAGUGUGUCAGGUGGGGAGGAUGAACUUUGGGAAAGACGUCAGCUCUCUGAAGUUCUUCACCAUCUGCGGUCUGCAGGAAGGAUACGAACCGUUCGCUGUCAACAUGAACCGAGACGUCACCAUGUGGCUCAGCAAGAGGCUGCCUCAGUUCGUCCCUGUGCCCCCCAACCACCAGCACAUAGAUGUGACCAGGAUAGACGGGACGGUGGAGUCGUGUCCGUGUCUCAGGGUCACUCAGAGGUCGUUUGGCUCACAAAACAGUCAAACUGACAUCACCUUCUACAGACUGAGCAUGCCCAUAGAGUGUGCAGAGUCCUUUUCCAGGUCCCCACACAGCGACGGCCUCUUCUCUCCAAAGAGGGAUCUGGAGGACUUUGAGACUGUUUCAGACUUUGAGGUCCUGAUGAAGACCCCUCACGGUCCCAACGGUCCUGACAAAGACGAGUUCAACAACCACAAAGAUUACAACCAGGAGAAGCCUUCCAAGCUCAAGCACAGGUUCAUGCUGAAGAAAAACAAGCCAGACAACAGCUGUCCAGCAUCCACCCGUCUGUCAGAGGAGGUGACGCCUGAUGACAGGGACGAAUAUGAGUUCCUCAUGCACGCCUCCACACACUACUACUCGGUUCGGAUCUUCCCGGGUCAGGAGCCCAGCAGUGUGUGGGUCGGCUGGGUGACCUCUGACUUCCAUCAGUAUGACCCGAGCUUUGAGCUGCACAAGGUCCGAACUGUCACGGUCACCCUGGGAGAUGAGAAGGGCAAAGUACACGAGAGUAUAAAGCGCAGUAACUGCUACAUGGUCUGGGCUGGAGAGAGCAGCAGCCCUGGUCAGGGGAGGAACAAUAACGGUUUGGAGAUCGGCUGUCUGGUCGACACAACACAUGGACUGCUGACCUUCACAGCCAAUGGGAAAGAGCUCAGCACGUACUACCAGGUGGAGCCCAGCACAAAACUGUUCCCAGCAGUCUUUGCCAAAGCCACAAGUCCCAAUGUCUUCCAGUUUGAGCUGGGACGAGUAAAGAAUGUGAUGCCUCUGUCAGCUGGUCUCUUUAAGAGUGAGAAGAAGAACCCGGUCCCUCAGUGUCCUCCUCGGCUGCACGUCCAGUUUCUCACUCCGGUCCUCUGGAGCCGUGUCCCAAACCACUUCCUGAAGGUGUCAGCCUCCAGAGUGAACGACAGACUGGGCUGGCUGGUCCAGUGUAACAAACCUCUGCAGUUCAUGUCUCUGCACAUACCUGAGGAGAACAGGUGUGUGGACGUCCUGGAGCUGUCGGAGCAGAGCGACUUGUUGAAGUUUCACUUCCACACCCUCAGACUGUACUCUGCUAUCUGUGCUCUUGGAAACAAUCGAGUGGCUCACGCUCUCUGCUCGCACGUGGACGAGUCCCAGCUGCUGCAGGCCAUAGAGAACAAAUACAUGCCAGGUCUGCUGCGUGCAGGUUACUACGACCUGCUGAUCGACAUCCACCUGAGCAGCUACGCCACAGCUCGCCUCAUGAUGAACAACGAGUACAUCGUCCCCAUGACGGACGAGACCAAGAGCAUCACUCUGUUUCCAGACCAGGACAAGAAACACGGCCUGCCUGGCAUCGGCCUCAGCACCUCCCUCAGACCCAGAAUGCACUUCUCCUCGCCCAACUUUGUCUGCGGGGGUGGACCCAAGCAUCGUAGCAACGGGUCACCAUCAGGAGACUGCUUCCAGUACAGCCCUGAGUUCCCCUUAGACAUCCUGAAGGUGAAAACCAUCGAGAUGCUGACGGAGGCUGUGAGGGAAGGCAGCAUGCACGUCAGAGAUCCUAUAGGGGGCAGCACCGAGUUCUUGUUUGUCCCCCUCAUCAAACUGUUCUACACCAUGCUCAUCAUGGGAGUGUUCAAGAACGGAGACCUGAAGAACAUCCUGAGACUGAUCGAGCCCUCUGUGUUCUGUGAGACCGGAGAGAAGCAGCAGGAGGCGCAAAGGGAGCCGGAGCUGCUGAAGGAGACGGAGGCUGGAGGGAGAGGAGAGGAGGGAGGGAGGAGCAUGCCCAAAGAAGGACUGUUACAGAUGAAGCUACCUGAGCCCGUCAAACUCCAGAUGUGCCACGUGCUGCAGUACCUGUGUGACUGUCAGGUGCGUCACCGGAUCGAGGCGGUGGUGGCUUUCUCCGACGACUUUGUGGCGUCUCUCCAAGACAACCAGCGUUUUCGCUACAACGAGGUGAUGCUCGCACUCAACAUGUCUGCCGCUCUCACCGCCAGGAAGACCAAAGAGUUCAGGUCCCCUCCACAGGAGCAGAUCAACAUGCUGCUAAACUUUAAGGAUGAGAAACAGGACUGUCCCUGUUCCGAGUACAUCAGAGAACAGCUGCUGGACUUCCAUGAGGACAUCAUGAGACACUGUGGUAUAGAGCUGGACGAGGACAGAGCGGUGGGCGGAGACAGUGACUUCACCAUCAGAGGUCGGCUCAUGUCAUUGGUGGAGAAGGUGUCCUCCCUGAAGAACAAGAUGGCCAACCUACCUGCAGAGAAGAAGGACAGGAAGCCCAGCACGUUACAGCAGCUGAUCUCUAACACCAUGGUCCGCUGGGCUCAGGAGUCGGUCAUCGAGGAUCCAGAUCUGGUCAGGGCCAUGUUUGUCCUGCUGCACCGACAGUACGACGGCAUCGGAGGACAGGUCCAGGCUCUCCCAAAGACCUACACCAUAAAUUCUGUCUCCAUUGAGGACACCAUCACCCUGCUGGCUGCUUUAGGUCAGAUCAGAUCUCUGCUCAGUGUGCGUAUGGGCCGCGAGGAGGAGAAGCUGAUGAUACGAGGGUUAGGUGACAUCAUGAACAACAAAGUGUUCUACCAGCACCCAAACCUGAUGAGAGCUCUGGGGAUGCAUGAGACCGUCAUGGAGGUGAUGGUGAACGUGCUGAGUGGAGGAGACUCAAAGGAGAUCACGUUUCCUAAGAUGGUGGCUAACUGCUGCAGGUUCCUGUGUUACUUCUGUCGGAUCAGCCGUCAGAACCAGAAGGCCAUGUUUGAUCACCUGAGUUACCUGCUGGAGAACAGCAGUGUGGGUCUAGCCUCCCCCUCCAUGCGGGGUUCGACUCCUCUGGACGUGGCUGCAGCUUCAGUGAUGGAUAAUAAUGAGCUGGCUCUGGCUUUGAGAGAGCCUGACCUAGAGAAGGUGGUGCAGUACCUGGCAGGCUGCGGGCUUCAGAGCUGUGUAAUGCUGGUCCAUAAAGGUUAUCCUGACAUCGGAUGGAACCCUGUGGAGGGAGAACGCUACCUGGACUUCCUCAGAUUUGCUGUCUUCUGUAACGGUGAGAGUGUGGAGGAGAAUGCCAAUGUGGUGGUGAGGCUCCUGAUUCGCCGGCCUGAGUGCUUUGGCCCCGCCCUCCGUGGUGAAGGUGGAGACGGUCUGUUGGCGGCGAUGGAGGAUGCCAUCAAGAUCUCCCAGGACACGACCAGAGAUGGACCGUCCCCAUCCUCUGAGAGCAGCAAGACCCUUAGUGACAUCACUGACGAAGAGGAGGAUGACACGAUCCACAUGGGGAACGCCAUCAUGACCUUUUACGCUGCUCUCAUUGACCUGCUGGGACGCUGCGCUCCAGAGAUGCAUCUCAUCCAUGCUGGUAAAGGUGAGGCGAUCCGGAUCAGAGCCAUCCUGAGGUCUCUGAUCCCCAUUGAGGAUCUGGUGGGAGUCAUCAGCAUCCCCUUCUCCAUGCCCAACCUGGGAAAAGAUGACCAUGUGGUGGAGCCCGACAUGUCUGCUGGUUUCUGUCCGGACCAUAAAGCAGCCAUGGUUCUGUUUCUGGACCGGGUCUAUGGCAUUGAGGACCAGAACUUCCUUCUCCACCUGCUGGAGGUCGGAUUCUUACCUGACCUGAGAGCUGCUGCCUCCCUGGACACGGUGGCGCUGAGUGCCACAGACAUGGCUCUGGCCCUGAACAGGUACCUGUGCACGGCGGUCCUCCCUCUGCUCACUAAAUGCGCUCCUCUGUUUGCGGGCACCGAGCCGUUCGCCUCGCUGAUCGACUCCCUGCUGCACACCGUCUACCGCCUGUCCAAAGGAUGCUGUCUCACCAAAGCCCAGAGGGACGCCAUCGAGGAGUGUCUGCUGGCUGUCUGUGGGAAGCUGAGGCCGUCCAUGAUGCAGCACCUGCUGAGGAGGCUGGUGUUUGACGUCCCGCUGCUCAACGAACACACCAAGAUGCCUUUAAAGCUGCUGACCAAUCACUAUGAGCGUUGUUGGAAGUAUUACUGCCUGGCUGGCGGCUGGGGAAACUUUGGAGCAGCCUCCGAUGAAGAGCUGCAUCUGUCUCGGAAACUCUUCUGGGGGAUCUUUGACGCUCUCUCACACAAGCGGUACGAUCAGGAGCUGUUCAAACUGGCUCUGCCGUGUCUCAGUGCCGUGGCCGGAGCUCUUCCUCCAGACUAUAUGGAGUCCAACUACAUGGCCAUGAUGGAGAAACAGUCCUCGAUGGACUCAGAGGGAAACUUCACCCCUCAGCCUGCAGACACCGCCAGUGUUUCUGUCCCAGAGAAGCUGGAUUAUUUCAUCACCAGAUAUGCUGAACACAACCAUGAGAAGUGGAGUAUAGAGAAGUUCACCAGCGGCUGGUCGUUUGGAGAGCAGCUGUGUGAGAUCUCAAAGAGUCAGCCCUUACUGAAGCCGUACAAAGGACUGUCUGAGAAGGAUAAGGAGGCGUACUGUCAGCCUGUCAGAGAGUCCCUGAAGACGAUGCUGUCCUGGGGCUGGAGCAUCGACCGCAUCAGAGAGGGAGACCCUGCAAACCUGCACAACAAGUCCAGGAGGAUCUCACAGGCCAGCCAGCUGUCGUUUGAAGGAGCUCCAGCUUUCAGCCCCCGACCCAUCGACAUGAGUAACGUCACCCUGUCCAGGGACAUGCAGUCCAUGGCAGAGCUGCUGGCAGAGAACUAUCACAACAUCUGGGCCAGGAAGAAGAAGAGUGAGCUGGAGGCUAAAGGUGGAGGAAACCAUCCUCUGCUGGUUCCCUACGAUACUCUGACAGCCAAAGAGAAAUCUAAAGACAGAGAAAGAGCUCAGGACGUCCUCAAGUUCCUGCAGAUCAACGGAUACACCGUCUCCAGAGGAGUAAAGUCUCAGGAGCUGGACACUCCUGCCAUAGAGAAACGGUUUGCCUACACCUUCCUGCAGCAGCUCAUCACAUACGUGGAUCAAGCUCACCAGCACAUGAUGGAGUUUGACAUUGCAGCGCGGCAGAAAGGAGAGAAGAUUCCUCAUGAGCAGCAGAUUAAAUUCUUUGGAAAGGUGGUCUUGCCGUUGGUCGAUCAAUACUUUAAAAACCACCGGCUCUACUUCCUGUCCACAGCCAUCCAUCCAAUCAGCAGCGGAGGCCACGCCUCCAACAAGGAGAAGGAGAUGGUGACCAGUCUUUUCUGCAAAUUGGGCGUUCUUGUCAGACACAGGAUCUCCUUAUUUGGUAACAAUGCCACCUCCAUAGUGAACUGUCUGCAGAUCCUAGGGCAGAGUCUCGAUGCCAGGACCGUGAUGAAGACCGGUCUGGAGUCGGUGAAGACAGCUCUGCGUUCGUUCUUCGUGAGUGCAGCAGAGGAUCUGGAGCAGACUCAGGAGAACCUGAAGCUGGGUCAGUUCACUCACAGUCGGGAUCAGCCCCGGGGAGUCACUCAGAUUAUCAACUACACCACGUUCGCCCUACUGCCUGUCCUGUCCUCGCUGUUUGAACACGUGGGCCUGCACGGCUUCGGAGAGGACCUCAUACUGGAUGAUGUUCAGGUGUCCUGCUACAGGAUCCUCAACAGUCUCUACCUGCUGGGAACCAACAAGAGCAUCUAUGUGGAGAGACAGCGUCCAGCGUUGGGGAAGUGUCUGGCUGCGUUCUCUGCAGCGUUUCCUGUCGCUUUCCUGGAGCCGCACAUCAACAAGUUCAACAACUUCUCCGUCUACUACAACAAAGCACAAGCAGACACUUCAGCUCUGGGUCUACCUGAGCAGGUCGGGGAUGUGUGUCCCCUCAUCCCAAGCCUUGAUAAGUCUCUGGAGGAGAUCAUGGACCUGGCAGAGUCUGGCAUGAGAUACAAUCAGAUGCCUCACGUCAUGGAGGUGGUGCUGCCCAUGCUGUGCAGCUAUAUGUCUCACUGGUGGGAACACGGAGCAGAGAAUCACCUGGACAGAUGUGACACAUGCUGCACGUCGGUCACGUCUGAACACAUGAACUCUCUGCUGGGGAACAUCCUGAAGAUCAUCUACAACAACCUCGGUGUGGAUGAGGGCGCCUGGAUGAAGAGGCUGGCCGUGUUCUCUCAGCCCAUCAUCAGUAAAGCUAAACCUGAGCUGUUGAAGACGCACUUCCUGCCUCUGAUGGACAAACUGAAGAAGAAAGCAGCCGUGGUCCUCCUGGACGAGGAGCAGAGUCGGGCAGAGGGUCGGGGGGAGAUGUCAGAGACGGAGCUCCUCAUAAUGGACCAGUUCACCGUGCUGGUCAGAGACUUGUACGCCUUCUACCCCCUCCUCAUACGAUUCGUCGACUACAACAGAGCUCGCUGGCUGAAGGAGUCGAGUCCGGAGGCUGAGGAUCUGUUCAGGAUGGUGGCCGAGGUCUUCAUCUUCUGGGCAAAGUCUCACAACUUUAAGAGGGAGGAGCAGAACUUUGUGGUCCAGAACGAGAUCAACAACAUGUCGUUCCUGAUCACAGACACCAAGUGUAAGAUGUCAAAGGGCAUCGUGUCAGACCAGGAGAGGAAGAAGAUGAAGAGGAAGGGCGAUCGAUACUCCAUGCAGACGAGUCUUAUUGUGGCCACUCUGAAGCGUCUGCUUCCUGUUGGUCUGAACACCUGUGCGCCUGGAGAACACGAGCUCAUCGCACUCGCAAAGAACAGAUUCAACCAGAAAGACACAGAAGAUGAAGUCAGAGAGAUUAUCAAGAACAACCUCCACCUGCAGGGGAAGCUGGAGGAUCCCGCGAUCCGCUGGCAGAUGGCUCUGUACAGAGAUCUUCCUAACCAUCAGGAGGACUCAUCUGAUCCUGAAAGGACGGUGGACAGAGUGCUGGACAUCGCACAUGUCCUCUUCCACCUGGACCAGGUUGAACACCCUCAGCGCAGUAAGAAGGCUGUGUGGCACAAACUCCUGUCCAAACAGAGGAAGAGAGCAGUGGUGGCCUGUUUCAGGAUGGCUCCUCUCUACAACCUGCCCAGGCACCGGGCGGUCAACCUGUUCCUGCAGGGUUAUCAGAAGCUGUGGAUCGAGGCUGAGGAGCAUUACUUUGAGGACAAACUGAUUGAGGACCUCGCUAAACCAGGUGACGAGGAGUUAUGUGAGGAGGAGGAGGGGAUGAAGCACAUUGAUCCUCUUCAUCAGCUCAUCCAGCUGUUCAGCCGGACCGCCCUGACUGAGAAAUGUAAACUAGAUGAAGAUAAUCUGUACAUGGCAUACGCUGACAUCAUGGCAAAGAGCUGCCACGAUGAAGAGGAUGAGGAUGGAGAUGAAGUCAAGAGCUUUGAGGAGAAGGAGAUGGAGAAGCAGAAGCUGUUGUAUCAGCAGGCUCGUCUUCAUGACAGAGGAGCAGCAGAGAUGGUGCUGCAGACCAUCAGUGCCAGCAAAGGUGAGAUGGGUCUGAUGGUGGCGUCCACUCUGAAGCUGGGCAUCGCCAUCCUGAACGGAGGAAACUCUACUGUCCAGCAGAAAAUGCUGGAUUAUCUGAAGGAUAAGAAGGAUGUGGGUUUCUUCCAGAGUCUGGCUGGUCUCAUGCAGUCCUGCAGUGUUCUGGAUCUGAAUGCGUUCGAGCGUCAGAAUAAAGCUGAGGGUCUGGGCAUGGUGACAGAGGAGGGAUCAGGUGAGAAGGUCAUGCAGGAUGAUGAGUUCACCUGUGACCUUUUCCGCUUCCUGCAGCUGCUCUGUGAAGGACACAACUCAGACUUCCAGAACUACCUGAGGACUCAAACAGGAAACAACACCACUGUGAACAUCAUCAUCUCUACAGUUGAUUACCUCCUCAGAGUGCAGGAGUCCAUCAGUGACUUUUACUGGUAUUACUCUGGUAAAGACGUGAUUGAUGAGCAGGGCCAGAGGAAUUUCUCCAAGGCCAUAAAUGUGGCCAAGCAGGUGUUCAACACUCUGACAGAGUACAUACAGGGUCCGUGUACGGGGAACCAGCAGAGUCUGGCUCACAGUCGACUGUGGGACGCUGUAGUGGGGUUUCUCCAUGUCUUUGCCCACAUGCAGAUGAAACUGUCUCAGGACUCCAGUCAGAUCGAGCUGUUGAAGGAACUGAUGGAUCUGCAGAAGGACAUGGUGGUCAUGCUGCUGUCGAUGCUGGAGGGUAAUGUGGUGAACGGGACGAUUGGGAAACAGAUGGUGGACAUGUUGGUGGAGUCAUCGAACAAUGUUGAGAUGAUCCUGAAGUUCUUCGACAUGUUCCUCAAACUGAAGGACCUGACGUCCUCUGAUGCCUUCAAGGAGUACGACCCAGAUGGGAAAGGUGUGAUCUCCAAGAGAGACUUCCACAAAGCCAUGGAGAGCCACAAACACUACACCCAGUCUGAAACCGACUUCCUGCUGUCUUGUGCUGAGACCGACGAGAAUGAACUGCUCGACUAUGAAGAGUUUGUUGAGCGAUUUCAUGAGCCGGCCAAGGACAUUGGCUUUAAUGUUGCCGUCUUGCUGACCAACCUGUCAGAGCACAUGCCUCAUGACACCCGACUGCAGACCUUCCUGGAGCUGGCCGACAGUGUCCUUAACUACUUCCAGCCUUACCUGGGACGCAUUGAGAUCAUGGGCAGCGCUAAACGCAUCGAGAGGGUCUACUUCGAGAUCAGCGAGUCCAGCAGGACUCAGUGGGAGAAACCUCAGGUGAAAGAGUCAAAGCGCCAGUUCAUCUUUGACGUUGUGAACGAAGGAGGGGAGAAGGAGAAGAUGGAGCUGUUUGUCAACUUCUGUGAGGACACCAUCUUUGAAAUGCAGCUCGCUGCUCAGAUGUCCGACGCCGGAGAGAGAUCAGCCGUCAAAGAAGACAGUGAGCGAGAGAAACCUGAUGAGGAGAGUCCAGAGAUGGGCUUCUUCUCCGUCACCACUGUCCGGAUGGCUCUGUUAGCUCUGCGCUACAAUGUCAUGAUGCUGAUCAAGGUUCUCACUGGUUCUCUUCUGUUGGUUCAGGUUCUGUCAAUGAAGAGUGUGAAGAAGCAGAUGAAGAAGAUCAAGAACAUGACGGUGAAGGACAUGGUAACCACCUUCAUGGCCUUCUACUUGUCUGUGCUGCUGGGUCUGCUCCACAUGGCCUUCAGUGUGGCUCGGGGUUUCUGCAGGAUCUUCUACAACAGCUUCAUGGGUGGAGGUCUUGUGGAGGGGGCCAAGACCAUCAAGGUGUCUGAGCUGCUCGCCAACAUGCCUGACCCCACUCAGGACGAGGUGAGAGGGGAGGGGGAGGAUCGGGAGAAAAGACCCUCCCCCCAGGAGGACCUAGCGGACCUUGCGGUGAACACUAGUGACACUGAGCUGCUGUCUGACAUCUUUGGACUGGACCUAAGGAGAGAGGGGGGGCAGUAUAAGAUUACCCCCCACAACCCCAAUGCCAGCCUUACUGAGCUGCUCAACUCCCCUGUGCCUUCCCCGACUCCCCCAGCCCCAGCACCAACAAUGGCCCCGCCCACAACGCCACCCCCAGAGCUCAGACGGAGGCAUCAGUCGAAGAGUUCUUCCUGUGAGGAGAAGGAAACAGCAGACACACAAACUGAACCUGAAGAAACAUCAGAGGUUGUAGAGAAACAGGAGAAACAAGAGAAGAAGGAGAAGGAGAAACCCAAAGUGAGACGACACCACACCUCAAAGUCUGAUGAACCGGACCUGCAGGAGUCUGCUGUCCUCAAGAAGAUCAUCGCCUACCAGAGGAAGCUGCUGAAUUACUUUGCCAGAAACUUCUACAACAUGAGGAUGCUCGCUCUGUUUGUGGCCUUUGCAAUAAACUUCAUCCUCCUCUUUUACAAGGUGUCCACGUCCUCGUCUGUGGUGGAGGAGAGAGAGGUGGUGUACAGCAGCAGCCAAUCAGAGAGCAGCGUUCAGUGGGAUCCUCUGGCAGGAGGAGAAGGGGUGGAGGUGGUGGAGGAGGUGGGGGAGAUACUCAAGCCAGUCACGGUGCGUUUCGUCCUGGAGGAGAGCACCGGCUACAUGGAGCCGAUGUUACGAAUCCUCGCUGUGCUGCACACCGUCAUCUCCUUCUUCUGUAUCAUCGGGUACUACUGCCUCAAGGUCCCUCUGGUGAUCUUCAAGAGAGAAAAGGAGGUGGCGAGGAAGUUGGAGUUUGAUGGUCUGUACAUCACAGAACAACCAUCAGAGGACGACAUCAAGGGACAGUGGGACAGACUGGUCAUCAACACUCAAUCUUUUCCGAAUAACUACUGGGACAAGUUUGUGAAGAGGAAGGUGAUGGAUAAAUAUGGGGAGUUUUAUGGGCACGACCGGAUCAGCGAGCUGCUGGGGAUGGACAAAGCUGCUCUAGACUUCAGCGACGCUCAUAAGAAGAAGAAACCCAGGAGAGACAGCUCGCUGGCUGCUGUGUUAAACUCCAUCGAUGUGAAGUAUCAGAUCUGGAAGCUGGGAGUCGUGUUCACUGACAACUCAUUCCUGUACCUGGCCUGGUAUAUGACCAUGUCCAUCCUGGGUCACUACAACAACUUCUUCUUCGCUGCUCACCUGCUCGACAUCGCCAUGGGCUUCAAGACGCUACGCACCAUCCUGUCCUCUGUCACACACAAUGGAAAACAGUUGGUGCUGACGGUGGGUCUGCUGGCGGUGGUGGUGUAUCUGUACACAGUGGUGGCCUUUAACUUCUUCAGGAAGUUCUACAAUAAAGGAGAGGACGGAGAGCUGCCCGACAUGAAGUGUGACGACAUGCUGACUUGUUACAUGUUCCACAUGUAUGUGGGGGUAAGGGCAGGGGGAGGAAUUGGGGACCAGAUCGAGGAUCCAGCAGGCGAUGAGUACGAGAUCUAUCGCAUCAUCUUUGACAUCACCUUCUUCUUCUUCGUCAUUGUCAUCUUGCUCGCCAUCAUCCAAGGUCUGAUCAUUGACGCUUUUGGAGAACUCAGAGACCAACAAGAACAAGUGAAGGAAGACAUGGAGACUAAAUGCUUUAUCUGUGGGAUCGGGAACGAUUACUUCGACACAGUUCCUCAUGGCUUUGAGACGCACACGCUGCAGGAGCACAACUUAGCCAACUACCUAUUCUUUGUGAUGUAUCUGAUCAACAAAGAUGAAACAGAGCACACAGGACAGGAGUCCUACGUAUGGAAGAUGUACCAAGAGCGCUGCUGGGAGUUUUUCCCUGCUGGUGACUGUUUCCGGAAACAGUACGAGGAUCAGCUCAACUGAUCUGUCCUCUUUCAUCGUACUUUCACUUUCAUACUGUAACAAGGCCCUCUAAGCCCCGCCCCCAUGCUCCCGCUAUGUGAGGAGUCAGGUUCAGCCCUGAGCCUCACCAUCCUCACAGCCAGCUCUGUUUGGAAUGCUUCAGACUCUGUACAUAGAUCAGAUUAUAUGCUGUACAGUAUAAUCUGGAGGCACGUCGUGGCUCAGACGACGUCUCCAUCGCUCUCUACGUUCACAGAAACAAGCAAAAAAACCACACAGAUGGACCACGGAGAGAGAGAGGACCACGGAGAGAGAGAGGACAUCGGAGAGAGGGAGGACCAGGAAGAGACAGAGGACCACCGAGAGAGAGAGAGGACAAGGGAGGAGGCAGAGACAGAGAGAGACACUUUGAUGAUCCAUAACGAUCAGACAUUCUUACGAUGUUUACGACCUUUUUAAUGUGUUCACUGCACGCUGCAUGUGAGUGCAGGAGGUGGAGCCAACACGGAAACACCUGUAUCACCUGCUGAUCCAACACCACACACCUGCAGGUAGACAAUAAGAACAGGUCCUCACCAGAUUACUCUAAUCCAGAUUCCACAGGGCUGAUCAGACCUCUGUGCGGGACUAGAUGUGAUAUUACAGGUGUCCAUGUUGUGUCCACAGCCUGUACACUCCAUUACUGUAUGUGAAGGGCUCCUGCACUCAAAGUUCACUGAGCUAGCUAUAGUCUGUUCAGGCCCACAUUCAGAUGAUGGCAACACGUCAACAUUACAUCCUUCUCUUUCAGCGCCUCUCUGAUCCGCAUCGUUUUCUUUGUUUAGAGAUUUAACUGAAAUAAACUAUAGACUCAAAA